GAAGUUAAAUUAUUAUAAUAUUACUUUAAGAAGAGGGAUAAAAGGACAAUAAUCCCUACGAUCAUCACAUACUAAGUUCAGUUGAUACUUCAAGCCAACCUUUAACAGCUCAAUACACAUACGACCACUUUUCAUAAGAUUUCUUGAUUGUUCCUUUUUACACAUUUAUUCUUUCUGAAAGAUUUCUUAGCCCUCUUGAAUAGUUCUAUUAUAACUAUAUCCUUUACAACUUUUCUUUCAUGUCUUUCAACUACCGUGAUAAUAAUACUGCUUAUAUUUCCUGUUUGAUCGAGUUUACUAUAAGAAAUAGUAAAUCUAACUUUCGGAAGAUUUUUACUUCCUCUUUAAGUUGUAUGGACUUUCAGUUUUCUACAUCUGAAGAUAUUGUUGAUAUGGAUGAACUACUAUGUCAAUUGGUAUGCAAUGUUGGCGACUUACUUCCAGAGCCUACUGAAGGCUCAGUUGGAGUUUGUACAGGAUCACUUUGUGAUUUUGAAGGAAGUAUUGGUAUAAAAAUCACAGUAAGCAAUGUGAACGAGUAAGUUAAAGUAUUUUUCAUUUCCUCAGAUAUGAAUGCUUUCUAUUCAAAGAAGCUUUACUAUUUAAGCUAAUUAAUAAAACAGAUUUCCAGGGAAUCCUACUGAGUCAGAGUUCAAUAGUCAUGCACCACCGAUGGUACCAGCAAAUAUAUUCAUCGUCGGAAAGACUGUGGAAAGUCAUAGAGCUUUAUCAGUUACUAGUAGUUCUUUAGAACCUAGAGGAUGGAGAAGUUUCGAUAUUAGGACUGGGUCUUAUGAUUGGGAAUCACGAGCCCGAAAGUCCUUUACAAUUCGGUGUUUCUUAAAGGAUCAUCCCCGAUGGCAAAGAUUUAAUAUUCCUGAUAUUAAUGAUUUGGUCCAAAUUCAGGGAAGACUAAUUGGAAGACUUAAACAUAAGGAUACUCGGUUUCAAUAUCUCUGUUGUCGUAUUGAAGACUUUUCUGUCUUUGGUUCUCAACCAAAGUCUGACAGGCCGAGUAUGUCAGGUACUGCUCACGAUGAUAUCUCUCAGACUAAGAAGGGACUAGCAGCUGGCACUACCCAAUCUCUUCAACCAAAAGGCUGGACUGCCCGAUCGAAAUCUCGCAUCAUACAGCAAAACUCAGUCUCUAAGUCUCAUCCCUUAAGCGAUACUUCCUCUUCAUCACCCCAGCCUCUUUCUCCAUCUUUACCGAUUGGUCACAAUAAUAAUCUCUCUCCACCACCAAAGCGAUCAUAUACCCAAGCCUUCAGUUCUGCGAAUGAUGAUGGCCUUUACACUCCUCCAAUGAUUCCUUCCAAUAAUCCUCAAGUUCGCUCUCCAAUUACUUCUAGCCAACCAGAAUCGCCAAUCCUCCAUUCUCAAGUCAUAUCCGAUCAUGACUAUAUUCCUUCUUCACAAUUAGAGUCUUCCGAUGGACCACCCCGACGAUCAAAUCGGCCUCGAAAACCUAACUCAAAGUUUUUUCAUUAAUAAUUAAAUUUUAAUGGUCUGUUG